AUUUGUACUUAUAAAGUACCUAAUGAGAUAUUUUUAAGUUUUCUUUUUUAUAACUGUUUCUGGAUAUUUUACAUGACAUAUCGGAAGAAUAUUAAUAUUGUUUCAUAACACGUCAGUUCGUAUUUCUGGUACUAAUACUUAUGUAUAGGGUUUACUGAGGGAUGAGGCUAAUGAGUACCUAGAGACGAAAAUAGACAAUUUGCGUAAUGGAUAUUCCUUACAGAAAGAUUUUAAUUUACAUGUUAACGUUUGCUGCAUAUGCUUAUACUGGUAUUGGAUCUACUAUGCUUAGAAAUCUUAAGGAUGCAGUUUUAUCAGCAGAGUCAGUUUUCGGUGAUGUGUUCAAAAAUGUCAUUACUGUAGCUGAAAAAUUCAAGUCACUGCACGAUAUUUUUGAUGCUGCUGUAGAAGAAGACUGUAUUUUCUCAUGUCCUGAGGGCAACAAGCCUGUGCGCAAUAAAAAUCAUUCUCCAAAAUCUGAUGGCUGUGGCUCAUUGGGGUUUGAGAUAUCUUCUGAGUAUUUGCCACUAGAUCAAAUGACGAAAUGUUGUGAUGUACAUGAUAUUUGUUAUGAUACAUGUAAUAGUGGCAAAGAGAUCUGUGAUUUGGAGUUUAAGAGAUGUCUUUACAGUUACUGUGAUACAUAUAAAAGUAUUAAUGUUGCUGCUGAUGCAAUUACUAAAGGAUGCAAGGGUGCUGCAAAGUUAUUGUUUACUGGAACAUUGACAUUAGGCUGCAAAUCAUAUUUAGAUGCUCAAAACAAGGCCUGCUAUUGUCCACCAACAAAAAACAAAAAUAAAAAAUAUGCAACAGGAAAUGGGGAAUUAUGAUAAUUUUUAUCAGAGAAUUGUUUUCUUAGCAACUGAAGUACACAGCUGUCCUAAUUUUAAAACUAAGUAACAUUUUAAGAAGUUAUGCUAAUGUGAAGGAAAUUGGUAUAUAAAUAAAAUAGCAGUAUUUUUAAACUAUUUAUAAGGUUAGGUUUUUUGUCAUUUUAAUGGCUGUGAUAUUGCUGUUUGAUAAAAGAAAAAUUUUCAGCAGUAUGUUUAUACAGCACAUGCAACAAUUUAUUUUGUUUACUAGUCAUUAUAGUUUUUUAAAUACCCACCAUGCCAUCAAUUGCACAUUGUAUUUUGAAAAAUAUUGUUAUAUUUUAUUGUGGGAGCUAUGCGCUAUGAAGGCAGCUUAAAUAAGUUUGGUGCUCAUUUACUGCAUAUAAGAGAAAAACAUAGAUAAUCUCCUUUUAAAUAAAAAAAAUACCUUUAUAUAAAUUUUUAUUUUAGCAAUAAAAAUUACACCUUACCCUUUUGGGUUUACAUAUUUUCUUAAAAAUAUUUAUAUGCUAAAUUUUGAGUAUAGGCCCCUAGAAGUCACUGAUAGUAAUGAAAAUUUAAACCACACAAGAUAUAGAUUUCAUCAAUGACAAAGGCCAUUAUUAAUAAAUAAAGAUAUUUUUACAAACUAAUGGACGCAGUCAAUGCAUGUUAUAUCUUCACAUAAGUCAAGCUUAAAAAAAUAAAUGUAAAUAAAUGCAUUCAAUAAUAUAUUAUUUACUUUCUUUGCUUUUACCAUGUAAAAAAAUUAUAAGGAAUUGCGAUUAAAUAUCUUGAUUAUGUUAA